GGCCGAGCUCCUGCCCCGCGGGCACCUUGGGAGCUGCGGCAGCUCGGGAAGCACCGAGGGGACCCUGGAGGUGACCAAGAUGAAUCUCCUCGCCCAGGUGAGCUCCCUCCUUCAGGCCCUGCAAGCCCUGGACUGGCUGUUCCUCCAGCCCUGGCACUGGCUGGGCUCCUGGGUGAGCAGCUCCAGGCAGGGCACCGGUGGCCCUGAAACACAGCUGGGUCCCCAGGCAGUGAGCGGGGCAGUGACCACGGCAGGGUUCUUCCUCUGCGAGGGGCUGCUGGGACAACACUUCCACAUCGUCCCCAACGGGGUGGCUGAGCCCCAGCCUGGGGACCUCUUCCUCUUCCCGCUGGCCUCGGGGGGCCCUGGCUGGUGGGGCGCCCACGCUGGCAUCUACUGCGGCGACGGGGAGAUCAUCCACCUGGAAGGCAGCUCAGGGGUGUCCCCAUCGGGCGUGGUGGCCAAGCACAGCAAGAGGCACCUGCUGCGGACGCGGGGCCGGGCGCGGGUGCUGCGCAGGAGGGUUGCCCUGGACGUGGCCGCGCUGCAGCGCCGGGUGCGCGCGGCCAUGGAGCAGCCCCUGGACUACGACGCCGUCUCCUGCAACUGCAUCCACUUCGCCCUCGCCCUCCUGGGGCUGGGCCACCUGGCUGGUGCCAUGGUGUCCCCAGCGCUGCAGUGAUGGAGGUGAUGGUGUGUCACAGACAUAUUUCAUGAAAAAUCCUUUUGCCAGGAUCAUUUCUCUUGAGAAGCUGAGAAGCUUCAGCUUCUCUGUGUUUUGCUGCUUUGGAAUGUGAUUUGGAGAAUUGUUUAGCCAGCAUGUGAAAUUGUUUUUACUUGAUGACCAAUGACAGCCACCUGUGUCAAGGCUGUGAGCAGUCACAAGAAUUUUAUUAUCAUUCCUUUUCAUUCCUUCUGAUGAAAUCCUUUCUUCUAUUCUUUUAGUAUAGUUUUAAUACAUAAUUUUCCUUUAAUAUAUAUCAUAAAAUAAUAAAUCAGCCUUCUGAA